AAACAGAGCAUUCUCUGUCUCUCUCCCACUCUUCUGUACUCUCUCCUCUGUCUCACUCUCUCUCUCUCUCUAGAUUUCACUGUCCCCUACCAGAAAUUUUGUGGUAUCAGUACAUGCAUGUGUAAAUGAUGAUGGUGGAGGAAGAAAGAAGCAUAGAGGAACACCUUUUGCAGCUCAAUGACCAAAAUGACGAUUCAGGCUGUCGUGUCACUGCAUGUGUUAUCCUAAGCACUUUGGUCGCCGUCUGUGGCUCCUUCUCCUUUGGUGUUGCUAUGGGUUAUACUUCAGCUGCUGAGGUAGGAAUUAUGAAGGACUUAGGUCUUUCUAUCGCGCAAUUUUCAGCAUUUGGUUCAUUCAACACGUUGGGAUCUGCAAUUGGAGCUUUGUUCAGUGGUAAAAUGGCGAUAUCCCUUGGCAGAAGAAGAACAAUGUGGGUCUCUGAUAUCCUCUGCAUCAUUGGUUGGUUCUCCAUCGCUUUCGCUAAGGAUGUGAUGUGGCUGAACAUCGGAAGAAUCUCCUCAGGGAUAGGGCUCGGCUUAAUUAGCUAUGUGGUACCUGUAUAUAUAGCAGAAGUUUCGCCUAAACAUGUUCGUGGUACAUUUACCUUUACAAACCAGCUUCUUCAAAACUUUGGACUCGCCAUGGUUUAUUUUUCUGGGAAUUUUAUCAACUGGAGGACGUUGGCUCUAAUAGGUGCUUUACCAUGCUUCAUUCAAGCAAUCGGUUUGUUCUUCGUUCCAGAGUCUCCAAGAUGGCUGGCAAAAGUUGGUACAGAUACAGAACUAGAGAAUUCACUACUUCGGCUUAGAGGGAGGGAUGCUGAUAUUUCACGUGAAGCCUCAGAAAUUCAAGUUGUGACCAAAAUGGUAGAAAAUGGUUCAAGUUCAAGGUCGAGUUUUUGGGAUUUGUUCCAGAGAAAAUAUAGCUACACUCUCGUGGUAGGUAUCGGGCUAAUGUUGGUACAACAAUUUUCAGGAAGUUCUGCAGUAGUUGCGUAUGCAAGUACCAUUUUUAGAAAAUCUGGGUUUUCGGUGGCCAUUGGAUCGACACUGUUAGGGUUCUUCAUGAUACCAAAAGCCAUGAUUGGUAUCAUUCUCGUAGAUAAAUGGGGCAGACGGCCUCUCUUGUUGACCUCUGCAUCUGGGAUGAGCAUAUCUUCCAUACUUAUUGGGAUCGCCUUCACGUUACAGAAAAUGCAAUUGCUACCAAACCUGACUCCAAUAUUCACGUUCGUAUGCCUUACGCCGUAUAUUGGAACUUUUGCAAUAGGUUUGGGAGGUCUUCCUUGGGUAACUAUGUCUGAGAUAUUUCCAAUAAAUAUAAAGGUAACAGCAGGGAGUAUAGUUACGCUGGUAUCAUUUUCAAGUAGUUCGAUGGUCACCUACGCUUUCAACUUCCUGUUCGAGUGGAGCACCCAAGGAACAUUUUACAUAUUUGGGGGUAUUGCGGGAGCCGCGUUGCUUUUUAUUUGGUUGCUCGUCCCGGAGACAAAAGGAUUAUCACUUGAAGAAAUACAAACUAAGUUUCUUCACCAGCCCGAUGAAAUAAAUCAAACUUAGAUUAUAUGUAUGUUCAUCUGCAAAGAAAAUUUACAUUUCUUUUCGUUAUGUAAUUAAUAAUUUACAAAAAUAUUUCUUAACUUUUAUGUUCUUUUACUAAGAGAAAGGUAUAACUGAAAAAA